UUAGUCGUUGGUUAGCAUAGCAUAUUCCACUAUCAUACGCAUAUACGCACGCAAUCCAACACCGAUUAGUGCAAUAGCGCGCCGACUUUAAACUUCAGACAAGCUUCUUACGCGUGUGUUGUGUGUGUAUUGAACCAAACUGCGCUUUGACUGCAACACGUUCUGAUGGAAUUUGAAUGCAUUGACUUCAUCAUCAUCCCUAUCCGAUCCUUCCGUACUCGAUUGGUUUCAUAAAAGUCACUUGGCAGAUGAGAGAGGAUACGACAACCUCACAAUGAACGAUAUAUCCAACUUUGAAUAUCUGGCACCUUGGCCUGUUCAUGCAUUGGCUUGGUCAACAUCUCCUUCAACAAAUGCAUCUUCAUCAAAAUGGCAAGAAACAAUUCGAGGAAAUCCUUAUCAACAGCAGAACAACAAUCAAAACUCUUCAUCAUCUUCAUCAAAUUCAAAUCCUUCUGGAAUACCUCGUGAUGCUCGAAUAGCGAUAGGUAGCUUUGUAGACGAAUAUACUAAUCGGAUACAAAUCUUAGGCGUAACGGAUGAUGAAUAUGGUUUACCAACCCUUGCGCCUGUUGCGGAUUCGGCUCAUCCAUAUCCUGCUACCAGGAUCGCUUUCCAACCUUCUACUCUAGAUGAAGGUGGUAGUGGAGGAAACGACGGAAGGUCGUCAUCCUAUUAUAAGCAAUCCAAGGGCGACUCUUGGGGAAGUGGAGAUGUAGAAGAUGGCACAGGCGGCUACGAUGCAAUAUCCCGUUAUCCAGACCGAGAACUUUUGGCCACAACAGCAGACUGUCUGCGUAUCUGGGAAUGCUUGCGAGAAGAGGAUGGAGGUGGAAGCGGUUCAGGCUUUUUAGGAGAUCGAUCAGGGAAAGGAUACCCAUUCGCAUUACGUGAAAAGAGUGUUUUGGCACAUUCGAAAAACACAACAACAUCACCUGCUCCGCUCACUUCAUUUUCUUGGAACGUUCCUUCGCCCAAUUUGAUCGUGACUUCUUCAAUCGAUACGACUUGUACGAUUUGGGAUUUACCUUCUAGAACCGCAUUGACUCAAUUGAUCGCACACGAUCGUGAAGUGUAUGAUGUUGAUUGGUGCCCCGGAAGUUCGGACGUAUUUGCAAGUGUGGGAGCAGAUGGAAGCGUUCGUGUGUUUGACUUGAGAAGUUUGGAACAUUCUACGAUCAUCUAUGAAACCGGCAAUCCAGGUCCAAUGAGCACCGGCAGCGGAGGAAAUAAUGGUGAUACCAGCAGACCAAGCAGUGGAAUGAGUCACGAAAAUCUAGCAGCACCUCUACUAAGGAUCGCAUUCAAUCCUUGGGAUGCGAAUUACCUUGCAACCUUUCAUUUGGAUUCCGAUAGCGUUCAAAUCUUGGAUGUUCGUGCACCUGGAAGUCCUAUUCUAGAACUACGUGGUCAUCAAGGCGCAAUCAAUGCUGUUGCAUGGGGACCUCCAGGAACGGGAUUCAGUGGAGGAUCAAGUAAAGGCAUGAUCUGUACAGCCGGGGAUGAUUCUCAAUGCUUGGUGUAUGAUCUGGCAAGCGCAACAUUACGAAGUGCAUCGGCUCAAGGAAGAAGGUCACGUAACGGAGCAGGUCCAAGUCCUGCUCCUUCUUCGGAUAGAGGUGUGAAUUCAAGCAUAGGAGCGGAAGUACCAAUAUUAGCAUAUAGUGCAGAAGAGAUGGUGAACAAUGUCGCAUGGCUACGAUUGCCAACACUUGGAGGUUCCUCGACCAACAAAUCGGGAGGAGGAGUGGUACAAGAGUGGGACGAAUACGGAAAUAAGUCAGGGCCAGACAUUGAUUGGCUAGCAAUGACUUCGGGACGAUCAGUUCGAGUGUUGAGGGUUUGAGACCUCUUUUUUUAUGAUUCAAUAGACGUUCACGACAUGAUACCUUAAUGCAUAUAUUAAAG